AUGCGGGACGUGCUGCCUCCCCCAAGAGCAGCAACUCCCGAGGCCUCUCUCGGUGCAGUCUCUCUGUGUGCUUUCGGUGCCUCUCUCUCACUUUAUGCAAAUGAUGCUCUUGCUGAGAGGGCCGCUUGGACUGCGGUUGCAGAAUGCUCGCCUCCUCCAGGGGCCUCUCGAGGGGGACGGUCCUCAGGAGCGUUCCCGACAGACGGCGAGCAGAUUUCUGCCUCGGAGAAACCAAACGAGAAGCUGCGCGUCCUCGCGAGGCGUCGGGGAUGUGAGGAGGAUGUCUCGGUGAGCUACGAGAACUCCCUAUGCCGGGUGCUCCUCACCUUCAGUGUCAACAAGGAGCUCACAGGCCCUCUAAGAGACGCCAGAGGCCACCAGGGUGCAAGAGAGGAAAUCGAAGCGGAAAUGGAUAUAGCGAGGUCCUUGCGUCGUGCCUCUGCCGUUUGUGAGGCUGUAAAUCGCGGAGCCUCACCGGAGAACGCGUUAGGGGCAGAGGCCUUGUUGGCUCCCGCUUUGGUUGCCUACGCGUUUUCCUGCGGGCGGGAGGGGUCUAAAGGGAGUUCGUCUUCCCGAGUGAUGCCUGGUGAGGAAGUUUUUUCGCGCGCGGAGACGUUUUCCUCUGCGCGCCAGUUGGUCUCUUUUCACUUGCCCUCUCUGUCUCCUGCUGCGCUAUGCGAUCUGAUCUUCUUCUGCACCGCUCGCCUCCGUGUAAGAGAUUCACAGUUCCUCGAAGAUGCAGCGCGAGUAGCCCUCGAACACUUGAAGCUGCUGCUAGAGCUCGACAAGCCUGCGGAAGUCUAUCAUCGCCAGCCACUGCACAGCCGUAAUGAUCUGCCCGGACCUUCAGCUAUGGAUAGCGUCCAAAAGCCUCCCAGUACGCAGCGCUCGCCAGAGGACAUGGCUGCGCAGGAUGUUCGUGACGACGACUUUGUUCGGCGGAUCCUUGAGGCUCCAGUCAGGUUUUCUCGGCCUCCAAGUGCACACCACAUGGCGAAGUUGUUGCGAGGAAUCAUAUUAGGGGGGCACGAGGCCCCUGAGGUGUUGGCUCUGGGUGUUGCUUAUCUCAAACGGCGGUGUACAUACACUCACAGCGACUUGUUGCACAGCCUGGCGCUGCUGAAGGUGAUGCCCUCAGGCGCGCCUAGGGAGCACUUGGCCGCAUUCGUGGCGCAGAAGCUUAUCCUCAGGGAGCGAAGACUGCCGCUCCCUGUUGUUGCGGCUGCGGCAAAUGUCUUCUCUCGCGUGUCUUUACCGCCGUUCAGAAUGCAACCAGAGAGCUCGUGGGCUCACGCGGAACGCCAGCACAUGCCUUCAAAAGGACUGGAAGCACUGGAAGGGGCGCGCAGUGCAGAUGCCCUCGGUUUCUCAGUGGAAGCUAGAGUAGCUCCGAACGGUCCGUUGCACGCAGGCAGUUCGCGUUCGAACGGCAACGAUUCGGCAAGUGUGCUCCCUUCGGCGGGAGCGCUGUAUGCGAGCUUGUCGUGUAGCGCCCAGAGGGUCCUGGACGUGCGGCGGCUUGGAAUAGGUGGCUCUGUGCGAGGCAGAGACUUAGCAUUGCUCGCUCAUGGAUUCGUGAAAGCGGGGGAAGAUCGCGCCGCGACUUCAUGGGUUGUAGCAAUGGAGAGACACUGGAGGGAGCUGCGCCCUGUUUUUGAGCCUGUGAGCCUCGCGCUCCUUCUAGGGAGCCUUCCGAAGCUGCAGCACGCGCUGCCGGGGAACAAGAGCAGCGUCUGCCUAAUGGCGCUGCUGCACUUACUGUCUCAGCAAGUGGCAUCUCUAACAGCGCAGCAGCUUGUGAUGGUUGCAGCAGGGCUCUCUAGGUUUCCUUACCGACAGGAGCAUCCGUUGACUGCUCUGCGGCUCGUAUGGCGGCUUCACGUCAGCAUCCAGACAGCCCAAUCAGACCUCCCUGGUCCAACAGCAGUACCCUGCUCCUGUGUGUCGCAUCUGUUGGCUCAGAUUUUUGUUCAAGGAAUCGAAACCAAACGAGCUCACGCCAUCGGAUAUCCAGAACCUUUUGUGUGCGCUGUGCCGUCUGGUGAGACUUGA